UCAUGAGCAAGGUGGCGACAGAACGACAAGGAAACGCGCCUGCGUGGGCUGUGUCUGUGACCGCAGCGGGGCGCUGGUACCAGCUGAAUAAUGACUCCAACCAAAGUGACUACAACCUUUAUAAAGAAUGUAGCAGGCUGCCCGCCAAUGUGACACAGCUCGGGAGCAUCAAAGAGGUGUGCAACAACUCAAAGUAUGUUCUCAGCGAAUACAUAGAUGAUCGCACCGGUUACGCGUACAGCCAUGAGGACGGGCUCAUCAUGACGUACGAUACAUCCGACACGCUGCGUCAGAAGCUUUGUAGGCAAAAGGAAAACCUGACCCACAUCGUCUACGGGAUCGCGGUGUUCGACCUCGAACACGAGGACGACUCCGACCUUUGCUCGUCCGGCUCCUACAGCCGCCUCAAGGUGGCGAGAUCGUUGGCUGAAUUCUUCGAAAGCAAGUUCAACACGACCUCCGACCUGACAGACUGUCUAAGUGUCAGAGACAAGUAAC